AUGCGACCAAAUGGCCCUCGCGAUCCCGUAGCGGGACCUGACAAUGGUCCAGAGCCACCAUUUCCAAUCCGACUAUCGGGGCCGGUGAUUAAAGGUUUUGGGCGGGGGAGUAAGGAGCUCGGAAUUCCCACGGCCAAUAUCCCCCCAGAAGGUCUAGCAGAUUAUCCUGAUCUCGCUGUGGGCGUAUAUUAUGGCGUGGUGGCAUUAGAUCCGACCCGGUUCGCAUCGUGCAAGGCUACGGUGCUGCCGGCUGUGUUGAGUAUCGGGUAUAACCCGUUCUAUAAGAAUAAAACGCGAUCGAUUGAAAUCCACGUUAUGCCACCCCUCACAUCCCCCUCUCCAACGGCGCCGGAGCAGACGGGCGAGAAGACAUUCCACAAACUGCCUGAUUUCUAUGCAACACGGCUUAAUCUAUUGAUUCUGGGCUACAUACGGCCCGAAUUCGACUAUGUUUCGCUGGAGGCGUUGGUGGAGGACAUCCGGACGGACUGUGAGGUUUCACGACAGAGUCUGAUGCGAGGGGCGUAUAGGUGUUACUUGCAGGAAGAUGAGGAGGAGUCUCGACCGGACAAAGUGAGGGAGGAGAGAAAGUGGCUGAGGAGUUUUGAUCCUAUGGGGUCGUUAUAA